UAUUUUCAAGCUCUAGGAAACACAAAAUAUUGGGACUACCUUGCAAUCACGCGCAUUGACAUUUUAAGUGAAAGGGCUAGAUACACAACAAAACAUGGCUGUGUGGGAGUGUGGAGAGUUCAUGAAACUAUUGAAAGAAGCAGAAGCUGGGGCAGAAGCAUAUGAUAAAAUGGAACAACACCACGAAGAAACAAACCCUGCAGUUGAGAAAGCAACUUGGACUUGUGACGAGUGUCCGAAGACUUUCCAAACAAAAAGUGGUUUAGUGCGGCACCGCAGAAAACAUACGGGUGCAUACCCCUACCCCUGUGUAGAGUGUCCAAAAGGCUUCCAUUCCAAAGUAAUGCUUGAUGACCACAAAAGGAUUCGACAUGGUGCUCGUCGCUCCUUGUGCCCCUGCUGCAACAAAUCAGUAUGCUCAUACCAAGGACGGAAGCAUCAUAGUAAUCUACAUUCAGAUGAAAUAUUUGAAUGCGACCACUGUGAUAAAAAAUUCAAUACACGCCUUUACCUUCAAAGACACAUUCUCACCCACUCAGUUACCCAUAGUUGUGACAUUUGCUUCAAAAAGUACUCGACCAAAGCACACUUAAAAGAUCACAUGAGGACACAUAACAGUGUAUUUUUAAGUGUACCAAGGAUGACUGUUCCUUCCAAACAAA